AUACUCGCCGCGGGUCCCAACAUUUCUGCGGAAAGUGCUAGCAGGAAAGAUGGCAGAUCGACACGCAGCCAUGAAGGAGAAUCAGCCUCCAUGUGAUUCCAAUGCGAAGAAGCAGGUGGAUGCUGACAGCCCUCAGCGAACGGGAACCUUUCCCGUGAAAAACACCUUCAUCCACUUCGGGAGCCCGGAUUCAAGGACGCCUGCGGGCAACCGCGCCUUGGCAACGCCCAAGACCGUGCCGCCGCAUUUCGCUCCGCACGAAGCGGACGCCAGCGGAGCGCCCAUGUCCUCCGCUCCGAUUGCUCCACUGCGUUUGUUUGACUUCUUGCCAAGUCCGCAGGUGACCAACAAGGGGACUGCUGGACCUACCAUUCCCGCUGGGCAAGUGGGGCAAGGGCCACAAGGGCCGCAAGGGCCGCAAGGGCCGCAAGGGGCCUCAAGUGCGCAACUUCCAUUGCAGGCAGAGACGAUCACUGCCAUGGCGGCAUUUCAUGCAGUUCAUGCGAUCUUCUCAGCCAUGCCGCCAACGGUUCCUUCGGCGAUGCCGCCCCUUCCACAGCUGGGCGGCUAUCAGGCACAACCACAGCAGUACAUGUGGCCGGCGGAAACCUCCCAGCCAGACAUGUCGGGGCUGCCUGGAACAAUGCAAGAGAUGCAGGUCAUGCCCGAUGGAGGCGGCUUCGAUGAUUGGUCAGCUUGGAACUGGAACCAAGGUGAGCCAGACGGCUACUUGGGAGUGGCACAGCAAGACAGCUGGGAUUUGGAGCGUUACGAUGAGGUCUGAGCAGCGAUCUACAGGGCCGACCGUUGGCGGAAUCCACGGAAACAAACUUCCGAUUGGCACCGCACAAAAAGAGUCUGAACUGCGAAGACACGCCGCGAUAUUUUUGGGAAAAAACACGGACAGUCUUUACCCCUAGGCUUGAAGGUUUCACAGUUUUCUCAACUCCGUAGUCCUCCAAGUCGCUGGCACGUUUCCACGGACCGCGCAACGGCACUUUUCCCAGCGGUGUGUUGUUUCUUUGGUGAGGCCCGGAGUUGGGGGUUGGGAUGUACACUACCAGAGGAUUGAGGGAAGCAAUCCUGGCCUCCGGGAGGCAACAAAAA